GUUCAAUUAUGACGUAGACACGUAUUAACCAGUUGAAGUUGCGGGAGCGUUUUUUCAAGCUUAAUUUUAUGAAAAAAUAUUUUAUUUAUUUUCUUCCUCAAUAACAAGAAUAUCUGAGUCGAACUGAAGUAAUCCGUUCGUAUUUAAUGAUUCGGCUCUGUCUGUUAACUAGCGUGUUAGCUAGUAGCAUGCUAGCCCAGUUAUGGAUGCGCUGAGCAUCGUUGUGGAUGAAGUGGCUUUGGAGGGACUGGACGGAAUAACCCUCCCUUCUCUUUGGAUACGUUUGGAGGACAGACAGCCAAAGUUUCCCCUGAAGCUCGAUGACUGCACCAAGGGGCUCAUUUGGAGGUCGCUUGUUAGCAACGCCGACCUGAGCUUCUACGAGCUACCUGUGGAGAGAGAAGACGUAGAGCUGUUUGACAGGUAUAAGGACAUCGACCCAGAGACGGGCUUUGAAACAAAACAGAAAUUCUCUCAUGAAAGAAGAGAUGUCUAUUCUGUUCAUGCCAUUCCCGAGAAUAAGAAUGGGAUACAAGGCUCCUGUCUCUUCUUCAAGGAGAGGAAGAACAUCACAAAGCAAGUCCGUUGCAAGUCCCUCACCCCGCUGGUUAACCUACAGGAAGCUCUGGAAAAAUAUGGACGAAAGCUUCUGGCCGUGGCUUCUCAGGCUCUGCGAUUUCGGACUCUGAUCGGAAGUGAGAACGAUCCCGAGUUAAAACUCAGCAACGACUCUUACUGUCUGCUUGAGAGGGUUGGCCGUGGACGUUGGCAGGGAGAACUACAAAGUGAUCUGCAUGGAGGCCUUUUCAAGGUAGACGCUCGAAAACUGCACUACUUUAGGAAGUCUCUUGUCAAGCACGAACUGAUCACCAUGCAGUCUUACAUCAGACGGCUGAAGACAGGACAGCAGCAGCACUCCAUUCUCCUCCUGCUCAAACGCUUCCAUGUUAACAGGCGGAACAAAUAUGACAUACUGAUGGAGCACGUGUCCAACUUUCUGCAACAGUUACCUGAUCAGUUCACGACUGUGGACAACCUCAAAGACCACCUUAAUUUGAACGAUAAGACUAUAAAACGUUUAUUCAGAAACCUCCGAUACACCAAGUUGGUCGAGUUCAGUCAGUACCCUUUAGAAGACUUGGAUCCCAGUUCUGAACCUUGCACCAAUAAAAAUGGCAGUAAAGUGCUUGUGCGCUGUAUAAAACUCGUGAAGCCGUAUGGAAAGAGAGGCGCUGCAGAUUUUGACGAUGAGGACGAGGAGGAUGAUGAAGAGGAAGGUUACACUGGAGGAGGAGGAAGAGUCCUCUCAGAGGGACGAAUCAUGGAGAGGGACGUCCUGUCGCAGGCCUACCACAUCAUAUUGUCCUCUGGUACGAAAGGAAUCCCUCAGAGGGAUAUCGGAUUAAGAAUGAAUGUUGGUAAGCUGGAAUCUCGUAUGAUCUGUAGAAGGCUGUCUAGGGACGGCGUUAUUAAGAGCUUUAUGGUAGAUGAGGGUCGGCAGAGGACUUCAAAAUUUAUCAGCCACAAGUUCGCGAGUGUCAGCAAUCAACUCCAGUUGUUUGCUAAGGAGCAGGAAAGAAACAAGCUGCUGUUCUUCUCAGCUCCAGACAUGUUAGACACAGAACCCGCCUCCCCUAAAACAUCGUCAACCUCAAGAGGGCCCGCAAGCAAAAGCUGUAGAACCCCCACAGCAAAGAAAGGAAAGAAAACAGGCGGAGGUCAAAACAAAGGCACAGAAGAGGGGCAGCAGGUUUGUGGCGAUCCCACAGAGGACGUGGAGGAGGAAAAGCUGGAUGGAAAGAGGGAUGAAGUAAAUGAAAUAUCAGGAGCAAAGAGGACAGAGGAGGAAGACGAUGUGACAACAAAGCAGACGGAACCCGACAUUCCCGUCACACAAUCUACUCAAGCUGAACGUGAGACUCUAUCCUGCAGUGGACCUGUUAACACUACAACACCUGAGUCGGCAUCCAUUCCUGCUGCAGGUCCAGCGGGGGAAGAAAAACAAUCCAAUUCAACUCCUGCCAGAUCUUUGUGUCAGAGUGAGGUUGUUCAUCCAUCUGAAAACCCAGCAAACACCGAGAUUGUCGAGGUUGAUAGUAUGUUCCAGUCGCAGAGGUCUCAUGAGACGUACCGCCUGUUGAAGAGGAAGAACAUGAUUGUCGAAGCCAUUCGUAGCUUUAAGAUUAUCGGGGGAUUUUUCCCACUGCAGAAAAUCAUCAAUGAUGCAGAAAAACAGGAUGGUGUCAAUUCAAAGUGUUGCAAGAAGACUGUUUUACGGCUUGUCCACAGUCUGUCCAGAGAAGGCUUGUUGAAGCUUUACACCACCACUGUUAUUCAGGAUGGGGUCACUAAGAAGGUGGACAUAAUUGUUGAUCCAUCUAUUCAACCGAGUGAUGAGAGAGUUGCUCAGGUCAUUGAGCAGGUUCGGUUCAAGAUCUCAAGCUCGUAUGCAGCUGGACGUCUGCAGGGUGCUGAAGAAGAACAACUUGAUUCAGAAAAUCCAGCCAUGUCUAAAGGACCCAGGAGCAAGGCUUCAAAUAAGAUCUUAAAAAAAGAUGAAGAUAAGGACUUUAAGCCCACACCAGUUCCAGGAUUGGGCAAAACUUUGGGUUUCCAGCCCAAGAUGAUUCGUCUGCGUGUUGUUCAUAGCUUUCUCUGGUACCUCAUCUACGGCCACCCUCUGCGGGAGAACCCCUCUGAGUCUGCCUCUGCCUCUGCCAAUCCGACACCAGCAGAACCAACCAGCUCUGAUCCUGAUGCCAAGCUCCCAGAAUCCCAAGCAAAACAGGAUGUGAGAGAAGCUGAAAUCUCUAAUUCGUCUCUAAUAGAUGAGGGUUCAGGGGAUGAAGAGGGGCUGCAGAAUUAUAAAUGUAAACCUGAUCUGUCUGACUUGAAAGUGUAUGCUGAUGAAGACUCAUGGAGAAGAUUUAUCCCUCCUGUUCAUGUACACAAAGGCUUUACCAGCGGCUGGGUGAUGGUUCGCAAUCUUCUCCUUUGCUUGCCUCUGUCUAUUUUUGUGCAGAUCGUACAGAUCAAUUACAAGGUGGAUGAACUGGAGGAGUAUCUCAGUGACCCUGUGAAGCAACACUAUCUUGUGAGAGCGCUGCCUGCAAGAAUGAAAAGACAGCUUCUUUAUAAAAGGAAAUACAUCUUCAUCUUUCACGAGAACCUGCAGAAGUUGACCUACAUGGGUUUGGUGCAGUUCGGGGUUGUUGAGAGGUUCAAAGACAAAGACCAGGUGUUUGUUUACCUGAAACGCCAUGCCUCCAUUGUUGACACAACCAGUUCAGAGCCUCACUACUGGUUGAUCCAAGAGCCACCUGACAAGCCCUUUGAGAGGCGCCAUUACACAUUCAACACUGCUGAGGACGUGGAGAGCUUCUGGUUUGACCUGAUGUGUGUCUGCCUCAAUACACCUCUGGGUGUGGUUCGUUGCAAAAGAAAUGGCACAGAUGAUGAAUUGGCUCCUCCUGUUGUGCAUGACCAUAACGUGAUUGUUGGAAUGAGUUACCUGCUAGAAGGUAGCUAUGAGGUGUGUGAGGAUGGCUCCAUACCAGGAGAUGGUAGAGGAGCAGGAGGUCUGGACUCUGAGCUCUUCAGUCAUCUUAAACGCAACUGGUUGUGGACAAGUCACCUUCUUGCCAAUAAAACGAGGUCAAGUGCUUCAAAGGCACCAGAUGUCAAACUGAGACUGAAGAGCCUGCUGAGUAAAAAUUCCCUCCGGAUGGCUCUUGAAGCUGGAAACACCAUUGCACCUUGUUAUUUGACCAACAAGCGGCCUGGGAUCACAGAGAACAUUGAGGUGGGGAUAGAGCCGGCUUCCAGGAACAAGCAGGUGGUUGGAGGAAAGGGACAGAGGAGGAGGAGGAAGAAAAAAGAAGUGGUGAAGCCCCCACACAAAUCAAAAAAAGAACCUAGAAAACGCACUCCAGCCCAUGACUUGACAGACCACCAGGCUCUGAAAAGGAUGACCAGACACAGAGUCUACUGGUCCGUGCAGGAGGACUCAAUCAUGAUGCUCUGCUCAGUGGCAUCAGACCUGCUCAACAGCAAGCUAAAUAGGCCUUUUGUGCCUCACUGUGUUGUAAGAGACCUUCUCCACGCAGAGUUUGACAUAUCGAAAGAUAAAACAUCUCUCUCUGUUGGACGUCGCUCAAGAUACAUUCUCAAAAAUCCUCGAACACUUCUGAACUACAGGAUUUGUUUGGCUGAGGUGCAUCAGGACAAAGCUUUGAUGAAACUGUUGGAGGAGAACAAACCUGCUGACCCUGAUCAAGCAGAGGACUGUGCUAAGGCCUUCUUGGAGUACAUGCGGCUGCUUAGACAGAAGUUCAGCACAGUCAUGGAUGAUCAUGACCUGAUCAUACCCGACUCUCAGGAGCAGAUCUUCAGACGGUUUAAAAUUUCUGCAAUAGACGAAGGAAAACAUGUCCCGACGAAAGACACCAUCAGCUGCAAAGAUGACAUUCAUGCUAUCGUCUUACACAAUUUGAUCCAGAGCUCUCUGGCUAUGACCAAUGGUCAGAUGAAGUCUUCCAGAUCAUUUCAGACCUUCCACACGUACAGUAAGUAUAACCAGGAGCUGGUCUGUCGAGUGUUCGUCCAGUGCAAGAAGAGGCGUCUGUUCAACCGCCGUCGCAUCAGUGAGUCGCUUGAGCCAAAGAGGAACCGGGGCCUGCCCAUCCUGCCCAUGUCCUUCCAGAUGUCCCAGUCCUACUUCAGGUAUUUUUCAUGGCGCUUCCCUUUUUCCCUGUGCACCGACUCCUUCUGCUUCUUGAGGAAUUUAAUUACUAGCGGGAGAGGGGACGACAAGCCUGCCACCGCUUUCUACCAUGAACCAGAAAACAGGUCACAGACUGGCGAGGUGUGUGAAAGAAAAACAGCAAGACAAGGAAAGCCCGGUUGUCUGAGUGAAUCUCUGAUACAAACAGCUGGAGAAGAAUCCAUGAACAAAGUAGACGAAACCCAAAGUGUGACAAAGGGAAAAGAGAAAUCUGUGGAAUCAGAUGUGAGGAUGGAGAACGCGGAGGAGAAGAUGACUUUAGAUGAACAGAAAAACCCAGAAUGUUCUGAUCAAUGUGAAGCUGAUGAUGGUUCCUCAAACAGAGAGCAGACUGAUGAUCAUCUGCCUGAAGACCCAGCAGACACGGCAGCCGCUUCAGACGCAGCAGCUGGAGCUUCACAGGACCUUCCAGAUCUAUCAGAUAUGCUGGAGCUCCCUCUGAGCUCUCUAGGAGGAGCUUGCGCCGCCUCCCUCAGCCUGAUGACUCUGGGACUGCUGAGUGUUCACGUGUCCAUCCCCAAACAAAUUGUAGUGGUGGACAGCAGCCUGGUGGACAAUGAUGUGGUCAAGAGCAUGGCUACUUUGGAAAAUGAUGAUGAUGAUGAUGAGGACGAAGGGGAUGAGUGUGAAGGGAGAAAAAAGCUUCAAGUGACCGCACACCAGGCAUCACACACCAACUACUUACUGAUGCGGGGAUACUGCUCUCCAGGGAUUGUUAAGAUGCGAAAUCUUAACACGACUGAUAACAUCGUGGUGGAGUCGUGCAUCAUGAAGGUGAAACUGCGCGACACUCCAGCUCACCAUUUCUUCACUGAUCAGAGUGAUGCGUCGUUGGAGUUGACUAAAUAUGGCCCCUCAUUGCUGCCCUCUGUCCUCACCUGCAACAUCCUCUCGCCAUCCUUUUCUCCACCCAGUGUGGAGGAUUGUGACCGGUGCUUCAUCCAGGACAGAGGAUACACCGCUCAGGAUAUUGAAGCAUGUGCUCAGCUCAGGAGGAGUUUAGCUGAGGCUGGUGAAAAGGGUUUGGAUGCGCGUGACCUCCACAGCUCUCAUGUCCACCUAGAGGAGCCGCAGUCUGGACGCACAAGGAGCCUUCAGCAGUACCUGAAGGAUCUACAGCAAGAAGGUCAGGUGGUCCGAGUCGGAUGUUUGGGUGUCCGCUGGGUCCUUAUGGAGCAUGCCGAGCCGUGGCUCCUGACUGUAAACUGCAAGCAAAUGUCUCGGCCUCAUCUGACAACCGACAGGCGUCCCUUUCUGAGGACUCAUCACAACAUUCCCUUUGCACGCAAGAGAUGCAGCAGAGAAGUGCAGCGCGAGGCAGAGGGACCGCCUGCCAAAAGACCCACUACAAAUGAAGAAAAGGACGGAGGGGCUGUGGAUGGAUCAUCAGGAGAUGUAACUGAGAAACCAACUGAAGACGAACAGCCUAUAGAGCAGGUGGAUGAUGGGAGUGGCGAUAAAUCACAGAAUUUAGAAGAGGAGGAGCAAGUGCAGACACAGCCUGAACAAGGAGAGGAACAUGAUGGACCAGAGGAGAUGAAAGCUGAGCAAGGGUGGAGUAGACCAAAGAGGACCAGAAAAUGCAGGUUAAGUGAUGAACAAGAGAAAGAGAAGUGCUCUCUGCCAUCAGGAUCAUCUGAUACCGAGGAGAACUUGAGUUUUAUCAGCCGGCCGUGGCGCUUCAUUGAUGGAAAAGUAAACCGGCCGGUGUGUAAGGGAAUGUUGGAGGCUGUUCUGUACCACAUCAUGUCCCGGCCGGGGCUCACUCAGUCAGCGCUCUUGAAACAUUACAAAGACGCCCUGCAGCCUCUGGCAGUGCUGGACAUUGUGCAGGCACUCAUAGAUCUGGGGUGUGUAACCAAGAGAACUUUAGUUAAAGAUCCUAAACCGUCGCUGUUCAGCCGCUCUGCGCCGACGAACAGGAAGGCCACAGUGACGGUAGAGGAACCAGACACGGUGUUUUAUGAGCCCACCAUCAGCUGCGGCCUGCGGCUCUGCCGGGUGCUGCCCAACGAGCGACGCUGGAACGACUGCGCAACCUGAAGCUGUCGGUCUUCCUCGGCUCACACGGCUCCACAUGCUGUCGUGAUUUUUUUAAGUUUACACCCUUUUGUUGAGUAAAAAGAUGUUAAACUUUUUUUUUUUUUAAGAUGGUGUUGAAAGCCAUUUUUCUGUUUACUGUUUAGUUGUAUUAAUAUUUUGUGCGUUUAGAAUUCUAAAUAAAAACUUGUGUUUUACCUAAA